GAGCAGCCAUUGGGCGCGCUCAGGGUGGCCGCUGCGAGCGUGGGGCGAGCGUGGACCGCGGCGCGGCGGUGUGACUCCUUCCCCGGCCCUUCUCCCCGCCGCAGGCGAGGGCACCGUGUGGCGGCGGCGGGGCCAGCGAGGCCGGAGGAGGCGGCUGUGCCCGGGCAUGGUGGUCUGGGGCAACGCGGAAGGUGGAGGAGUUACUGAUGGCCAUGGAGAAGGUAAAACAGGAGCUGGAGUCCAUGAAGGCGAAGCUGUCCUGCACUCAGCAGUCACUGGCAGAGAAGGAAACUCAUGUGACCAACCUUCGGGCCGAGAGAAGAAAACACUUAGAGGAAGUUCUGGAGAUGAACACAUGCAAAUGACAGUCCAGGCUCUCCAGGAUGAAUUGCGGAUCCAGAGGGACCUGAACCAGCUGUUUCAACAGGAUAGUAACAGUAGGACUGGUGAGCCUUGCGUGGCAGAGCUGACGGAGGAGAACUUUCAGAGGCUGCACACUGAGCAUGAGCGGCAGGCCAAGGAGCUGUUCCUCCUUCGAAAGACUCUGGAGGAGAUGGAGCUGCGGAUUGAGACUCAGAAGCAAACCCUGAACGCUCGGGACGAAUCCAUCAAGAAGCUUCUGGAGAUGUUGCAGAGCAAGGGGCUUUCUGCUAAGGCUACUGAGGAGGACCAUGAGAGAACAAGGAGACUGGCAGAGGCAGAGAUGCAUGUCCACCACCUCGAAAGCCUUUUGGAGCAGAAGGAAAAAGAGAACGCUCUGUUGAGAGAGGAGAUGCAUCGGAGAUUUGAGAAUGCCCCCGAUUCUGCCAAAACUAAAGCUCUGCAAACUGUUAUCGAAAUGAAGGAUUCAAAAAUUUCCUCUAUGGAGCGUGGGCUCUGAGACUUGGAAGAGGAGAUUCAGAUGCUGAAAUCGAACGGGGCUUUGAGUACUGAAGAACGAGAGGAAGAAAUGAGGCAAAUGGAGGUCUAUCGGAGCCAUUCUAAAUUUAUGAAAAACAAGGUCAUGAUUGGUCAGGUGAAGCAGGAGCUGUCCAGAAAGGACACAGAACUACUAGCCCUACAGAUAAAGCUAGAAACACUCACCAACCAGUUCUCAGACAGCAAGCAGCACAUUGAAGUGCUGAAGGAGUCCUUGACUGCUAAGGAGCCUCGAGGGCUGCCAUCCUGCAGAACGAGUAUGCUUUGGACUUUAUCGGCAUGGAAAAGACUGGAGCCAGUUGCAGUGGUUCACCUGUAGGAUUCUUCCUUCGUUAAAGAGUGAAAAUCCAAGCCUGACAGUACUCAUGGUUCCCUAUUCUGAGUUCGCUGAAUCUUUUCGCUUAGCUUAUUUGUUCUGCUGUGGAAUUCUCAGGGACUGUAGAGAGGGACCUUUUUUUCUUCCCCUUGGAAGGGUCUGCUUGGAAUGAAGCAGACCCUUAAAGAGCUUAUAUUAAAUUGAUUGAUGCAGGAAUUAUUUGAAGGUUGGAUUUAGGUUCUUUUGUAGUUCUUUUCUUGGCAGAAGUCUAUGUGUAUGCCUAAAUACAGUUUAUAAAAGUCCAAGCUUAUGUAUUAUUUACUGACUAAUGAACCAGAAUUUAUUAUAGACCUGAUGUGUGCCAGAUAUGAAGAUACAAAGCUGGGGUAGAGGAGUAAGAUCCAGUCUAUUUGUGGAGAUGUGUAUAGAAUGAGUAAUAACAAUAUGGUUGGAGAUUCGUGUUAUAAUGUAUAGAUAGAUGAAAGAAUGGAGAUAAAUGUAUAGAUAGAGAAAAGAAUGGGAGAUGUGUAUAUGUAUGUAUGUAGAUCAAUACUUUGUUCAUGUGUGAUGGCAUACAGACUGUGGUCAUCUUAUUGUCAUGGGGAUAAGAGCAAGAAAGUCGUCCCAAAGCAGAUAACAUUUAUGUUGCUUUUUGAAAGCCAUGUGAAAUAAACCAGCUAGUUCAAGAGUAGACGAUGAUAUUAUAUUCUCCUGCUUCAUUUUUCUCUGUAGGACUUAUCACCAUCCUACAUACUAUGUUCAUUUCAUUCAUUCAUUCCUUGUCUAUCAUAUUAGGAUUAAGCUCUUUGAGGGUAGGGAUUUUUGUCUGUUUGGAUUAAUUCUAUAUCCUCAACACCUAGAAAACUGCCUGGCACGUAGCUGAAUGAAAGAAUGAAGUUUGUGAGUUUUAGAAUAGUUGUCUUACUUAUUUUCCUUUUGCUUAUUAAGAAUCUCUCUCUACAGUUCCUCCAUAUUUUUGCUUCCUAUUUUUCAUUGUGUGUACGGGAGUCUCCCUAGUGAUAAUAUGCUGUUUCCACACUAUUUCACAAACCCAUCCCCUAUUUUCCAUCUCUCUUAACUCACUUAGUUUCCAAACUCUCUUACCUGAAUUGAUACGCUCUCCUAGCUGUUUUCAUGCCUCUACGUAACUCCCCUUAGAUAUUGACUAUCUUCUCCACAGCUAUCAGAAUUAUCAGUCUGAAAUACAGAACUGACCGGACUGUUUCUUAGCUUAAAAGUCCCUAAUAGUCCCCAUCUGUCUAGAGUAAAAUGUGUGCUCGUUAGAAUGGCACGGAAGCCCAUCCAUAGCUUGGAUUCAGGUACAUAAAGUCCCCUUCCCAUCUUAUAAUGAAAAUGGGUCUGUUCAUUUUUCUUUGUGUCACUAGUGCCUGGCAUGUAAUAGAGACUUCACCAAUAGUUUUUUGAGUAAAUGAAUGCGUACUAGGGUAUAUGAAGGAAUGAAUAACUAUAAUAAUAAAUUUCAUUGAAAAUGCUUGCUGUUGAAAUAAAAGAUGAUAUAA